GACUCAGCCUGUGGUGGUUCGUUGGUCCCGGCGGCCCGCGGCCCGUUGAUCGCUCUGGCUCGACCGAUCGCAAAUGUUUUUGCGCCACCCUCCUGCUGCGACCAUGUCGUCCUCAAAUGCCUAUGCUGGCCCGUGGGCGUCGCUGCCGACAACGCUGACACCAUGGAUUAUGGAUGUCAUAAACUCGAUGGGCUACGCGCGAAUGACCCCUGUGCAAGCAUCUACAAUCCCACUCUUCAUGAAGCACAAGGAUGUUGUGGUCGAAGCUGUCACCGGCUCGGGAAAGACACUGGCAUUCGUGAUCCCAGUUCUCGAGAAGCUCAUACGCAGAGAGCGCAAACUCAAGGAGAACGAGGUAGGCGCGUUGAUCAUUAGCCCCACAAGAGAGCUCGCGACCCAGAUCCAUUCCGUCUUUUCUCUCUUCCUGUCUAGCCAACCACAGCCCGAUGAAGAGGAGGCGUCCAGCAGCAAACCCGCAUAUCCUCCACCGCUGUUACUCAUCUCUUCCGACUCGUCCCCUGCCGAGGAUGUCAGGAGAUUCUUAGACACAGGCGCGGACAUCGUCAUUGGUACUCCAGGGCGGAUAGAAGAGUUCCUUCUGGGGAAGGGAAAGGAUGUCGUGACUGUGAAAGAGCUGGAGGUACUGGUCCUUGACGAGGCAGACCGGCUGCUAGAUCUGGGCUUCCAGUCCACGCUUACUCGCAUCCUAUCGCAUUUGCCAAAGCAGCGUCGGACGGGAUUAUUCAGUGCUACCAUGACGGAUGCAGACGCGCUGUCCGAACUUGUUCGCGCAGGUCUCCGCAAUCCUGCUCGAAUUGUGGUCAAAGUGCAGUCCAAGAAGUCGAAGAUUGACAAGGCCAGCGGAGAGAAGUCUGUUCGAGGGGAGGUGUUUGAGGAAAGGCGAAUACCGGCGAACUUGCAUAACAUGUAUGUGUCGUGCCGGUCGUCGGAGAAGCUUGUCCAGCUGUCACGGAUCAUUUGCCAUGAGGUGUCACAGCGCCAGUCCUCGCGAUUCAUUGUGUACUUCGCGACCUGCGCUUGCGUGGAUUACUUCUACCGGAUAUUGCCGUCUUUCAUGCCACCAAACACGACACUUUAUUCGCUCCACGGUCAUCUGCCGCCAGCUACCCGCGAACGUACCCUCAACAACUUCAAGUCCUCGCCCGCGACGCCCUUGUCCCCUUCUGUUCUCCUGGCUACAGAUGUAGCAGCGCGGGGGCUUGAUAUCCCCGACGUCGACGUCGUGCUUCAGUUCGACCCACCCUCCGACACGAAAGCAUUCUCACAUCGUUGUGGUCGUACUGCUCGUGCUGGUCGGAGCGGACGCGCAUGGGUUUUGUUGGUGGGGCGUGAGCGGGAUUACGUUGACUUCCUGGCGGUUCGCAAGAUACCCCUGAUCGAAUACGGACGUUUCGCUGAAGACGGCAGCGUUCUCCCCCCUCUUGACCCGAAUUCGGACGCGGAAGAGGACCCAGAGGUGAUGACUGCGCAAACGAAGAUCAGGCAGACGCUUUUGACCGAUCGAGGUCUAAACGACAAGGCAGCCAAGGCCUAUGUGUCCUUCGUACGGGCCUACUCCAAGCACGAAGCAUCGUACAUCUUCCGAAUACGAGACCUGGAUCUCGUUGGUGUGGCCAAAUGUUUCGGUUUGCUGCGUUUGCCUCGCAUGCCGGAGCUGGAUCAUGUGUCAAGGGCCGGCUGGGAAGACGCUGACGCUGAUUGGAACAGCUAUGCGUAUGCAGACAAGCAGCGCGAAGCAAAGCGGCUCGCAGAGUCAGAAAAGCAGAAAGUGUCCACGGAACACAUUCAAAAGCGCAAACACGAACGAGAGAAGAAGAAGAAAGCUAACGCGGCCUGGAGCAGCAAGGUCGUCAAGCAGGAGGAAAAGCUGAAGCGAAAAGAGAUCAAGGGCAAGAAACGUGAGUGGCUGAAGCAGAAUCAGCCAGAGGAGGUGGUCGGCGAGAAGCGACAACGUGGGGUGAGUGUUGACGAGGGUUCGGACGGAGGCGAGGACGAUUGGGACGCGUUGGCGAGGGAAGAGAGGAUGGCCAAGAAAGUGAAAAAGGGACUUGUUGCGCAGGAUGUUUUCGACGGGGAGUUUGGGGAGCUGUAGUCGCCCAAUGCUGCAUGCAUUUUACGGAUUAUUUCUAUACAUACUGUGCGGCAACGCUGAGUGGCCG